AUGAAGGCUGCUUUCGUUGCUGCUGCUUUGGCUCAGGGCGCCGCCGCUGUCGCCAACCCCAUUGGACCCGGAAACGGUGGCUUUGGACCCGGUAACGGCGCCGGCUGGGGUGGAUUCGCCUACGGUGGUGGAUUCGGCGGAUUCGGCCCCGGCGGAUUCGGUAACGGUGUUGCAUCAUGCGCUAGCUCCUGCUUCUCAUCCCACUUCGCCACGGCAACCCCCACCCCGGCCGCCUUCUGCACCGACGCCCCGCAGCUCAACGACUGCGUAAAGUCCGCCUGCACCUCGGACGCCGCCGCCCUCUCCACCUACACCUCCGUCUCCUCCUCCGUCUGCAACGCCUUCACCUCGUGCGCCAGCACCAGCACCUUCACCUACAGCGGCGGCUGGUGGGGCUCCAAGACGGGCGACGCCGCCGCCGUCACCAUCACCGGCUGCCCCGUCGACGGCUGGUGGGGUCCCGGCGGCGCCUGGGGCGGCAUGGGCCCCGGCUGGGCCUACAAGACCGACACCGUCACCCUCACCCGCACCGUCAACGGCGUCGCCACCACCGGCCCCGCCACCGUCGCCCAGGCCGUGUCUGGCAGCAGCACGCUGCUCACGACUUUCACUGGCGCGUUCGCCGCCCAGGCGACGAGCGGUUCCGGGUCUGGGUCGACUAAUGCUGCUGCUCCUGCUGAUGCCAACCGCGGCGUCUUGGCUGCUGGCGCUGCCUUGGGCGCCUUCGUUGCUGCUGUCGGUUUGAUGUAA